AUGAACAGUGAUCACAGUGAUGAUGCAUCCUGUGUUAGACCUUCGAUAUUAAAUUAUGAUAUGCGUAGCGCUACUGAUAAGGAAUUCAACGUAUCAAUCCGUUUGGCUGCAGUGAGCAGUAUCAAAACUUUAUUAACUAGACGAUAUAUAGCUCUCGAGAAAUGGAGUGCUGUGUUAAUAGAUAUUACUGAUAAAGCGUUACGAAAAACCGAUGAGGAAGCAAAAUUGCUGCUUCUCUAUCUAUUUUGA